GAUGCCGUCGACGGCAUUGACGCCAAACUACUCGUCCAACUCUCACAUCCGGGUCAGCCCUCCAACAUAUUCCGGGCCGAGACGGUCGGCUCAGCGGAACGUUGGUAUACAGCGAUGCAAACGGCGACCACUUUGGAGUGAAUUAGGGGAACGGGAUGUAUAUAUAUAUUCAGCGAUUGUUUGCCAUUAAAUGUGUUAAUAAAUUGUUUUAACUAUUAUUUUUAUUUAUAUUUAUUUCAUUAAAAAUUUUAAUUUCAUAUCAAGUGAUUACAAUAAAAUGAAUUUAUUUGCUUGUUAA